UAAAGUGAUCCUUGGUAGAAACUGGUAAUUCAUCUGCUAAAUUGCUUUUCAAGGGCCAUUUUGCAAGAUUAUCCAAUGAUUCUCUAUGGGUAUUGUUGCUAGGAAGCAAGUGAGAAGGUAAUAAGGAUUCAAAUCAGCUUCCCAGUCUCAUCUGUGAUAUUUGAGCUUGCAUGUAAGUGCCCGCUUCAUUCAAGUGCAGCUGGAUAACAAAUGGGUUCAAAAAGGUCAUUGUUGUCAUCAUUACAUGGAGAAAUUUUGGUACAAGCAUCACAAAGUCAUUCGCGCUCAAAGAAGUAUGAGUGGGAAAACUUAAUCCUUCGUCAGAGUGAUCAAGCAACAAUGGAGCAACCUGAUCAUGUUGCAACCCUGCCCUUGCCUCUGCAUAUGCCUGGCAGGGUAGAAGAUUCUAUGGCUGAGCCUAGAGGUUAUGAUUUUCACAGAACUGGAGAGAUUGUGAGCAAUAGAUAUUGUAAGUUUGCUACUUAUGGUGUCAAGAGGUUGGGGCCAUCACAUGGUCAUGGACAUUCCUCUGAGAUUUAUAGCCCUGGAGAUGGGGUAGGUGGCCGUCAUGGUAAAUAUCAUGCUUCCCACAACCAUUCAUCAGAAUCGGCCAGGCACAGCAUUUCACCUGAACCUGGUCCCAUCAGAUCUUACUGGAGAAAGAGAAGCCCUUCCUUCGAUCAUGUUCCUGACAGACGGAUACAUCCAGCAGCAGAUUGUAGGAAGAAUUAUUCUGCUAACCAGGGGAGUAGCAGUCAGAACAGACAGUAUCAUGAUGAUAUAUAUCUAUCAACUAAAUUCCUGGAUGACCAUUUUUCUGAGAUAGAUGCAGCAAGACAUCGGUCUUACUUGCGCAAUUUUCAAUCUUCAAGUAACCAUAUUCCUGUUCACCCCUUGCAUGGUCAAUCAUGUCAAAGGGAUGAAGUAGCAAAAGCUCACCCCAAGGGACCAGUUAAUGGAUUUUGUCCCAUCCACUAUGAGCAACUUGAGCUUUCACCUAAUGAAGAUUUUUAUGAAUGCUUUGAUAACAGUCGAAACCUCAGAAAUGCUUAUAAUGGCAAGGUAGUAAAAAGGAAAAUUACAAAACAAGAUUUCCUUGGAAACACUUACAAUGGUGCUUGUGCUGAUAGAUAUGAUAGAAACAAUAGCAGGAAAAGGAAUGCAGAUCAUUUGGGUGGAAAGAAAACUAGGAAGAAUGAUGCUAAUAAGGACAAAUCUAAAAGGCUCCGUGGCCCCAUCGAGCAGGACCAACAACAACAGGUUGAGUCUGACAAGAUGAGAAAUGAUAGUCGGGAGGGAAAUGUUGAAAUAACCAAGUUAGUGUGUCAAGAUGGAGCAAAAAGGAACUUGAACCCAAAGAAGAAUGCUACAGCUCCUGCUUCUAGUGGCUCAACAAAGUGUGAUGGGGAAAACAUGUUGAGUCCCAAGUGCAGCAAAACUUUUGCUUCAUCACACGCACCAAAUUUGAGUGAAGGAAGUAAAGACAUGGAUCUAGGAUCUGACAACGAUGUUGAUGGUUGCACUGAAAGACGUAUAGUGCAUCAUAUUCCAGUCACCCAUCCAGAGAGGAAUAUACAACUGAAAAUAUCAGAUAAUGUUUCUCAGUCUGAGGCACUUCGCCAAGAUUGUUUAAUCCUGUGGAGAAAAAGACAAUUAAGAAAGAAUAGUGCUGCUAAGGCUGGUAACAUCGUGAAAGCUGACCAACAACAGGCUGCACAAAGAAGCAAGAUGUCAACUGGAAGAAGAGUGAGGAGUGGAGGACCUGCUGCAUCUUCUAGCUCAGAAAGUGAUAAUAAAGAUGACACUGCUUCAGAGUGUUCUGACCAAUUUAGUAGUGCAAAAUCAUCUGAUGAACUACAAAAGUGUGGUGAAGGAAGAGCUAACAAAAAGUUGGAGCAGACCAUCAAAUCCCCCAGUAACAGUAAAUGCAACAAAAGGCCUCAAAACACAGCAGCUGAGAAAGGACUGAAGUAUAGUCUCAAGCCUCUGCCAGAAGCAAAUCCUCUUGAAAUUGCACAACCUAAAGGAAAGGAAAAACUUGUUGACAGGAGGCAGGUAUCAACUGAUCAUCCAGAUGCCAAGGUGCAUAGUAGUUUGAAUGGUUGUUCUGACACUUGUAAGAUGGAUCAAGCAGCUGUUUCACAUUGUGAUAAUAGUGCACAUCAGGAUAUUUCUCAACAGGAGACAAACACUGCUGAUUCGGAUGCAGGAAGGGAAGAGAAACCAGGUGGAAAAUGUGAAAAGAAAGCAGGAGGCCAUGGUGCCAAACUGGCUGAACAAUCUACUGGUUUGUAUGCUGACCCAAUAUUGCUGGACAAAGAGACUGUUGCUAGUUGCUCUAUGUAUGGCAUUUCGAAGGUAAAUGCACUAAAGACUCCAGAUCAUGAGAUUGGAAGUACUUCCUUCCAUGGGUCAAUGCUGCCUAGAGGAACUGCAAACAUGUGCCAAAAGAAGUCCAUCAAUUGGUCUAGUGAAAGUUACUGCAUAGAUUUGGAAAAUUGUUUAGAUGGAAAUGAUUGUAGAGACAACCAACAGGAAACCACGUAUGAUAAUGUCUUGAGGAAGAAGCAAGAAUGUUCCCUGCUGGCAGAGACUGAAGAUGAGCUGAAUGUGAAAACUAGAAAGGAGGAUUGUCAGCCUCAAGCCCGUAGGGUUGAGAUCACAUCAAAUCAACGGAUAACAACAGAGGAUCGUGCUUCUGAUACAAUACAUUCUGGCAUUACUAAACAAGAUGACCGGAUCCUACGUCCUUCAAUACCAGACUUGAAUUGCUCGCCUAGUAUGAUCAGCGAUGAAGAUUUUAUGGCACCACCUGAGGAACCGGUUUGCCAGGUAAGUGCAGACAGUCUCAAACCCCAGAGCAUCUCUAUGAGUCUUUCAGCUUCAUUAACUGGACCCACUUCAAAGGGAGAACAGAUUAAGCAAGUAGGGGAAAAACAGUGUAAUCAAGCUGAGGCAACAAACCAAAUCACCAGAGAAGCUUGCAAAGACGGUACCUCUGAUGCAGCAACUCAGUUGCAGAUCUCCGAGUCAAAUACUGGGCCUCCGCAACUAAGUGCAGUCGAAGAAAGUAGCACCUCAAUGAAUGAACUCAAGUUUGCCUUGUGCGAAUUUGUCAAAGGCUUUGUAAAACCUCUGUGGGAAAACGGGCUGCUAUCUCGUGAAGUCCACAAGAUUAUAGUGAAGAAGGCUGUGGAUAAAGUGGCAGCCGUCUGGGUCCACUCGGCAGAGAUAGACAUCCCAAGAAUUUUGUCCGAUGAAGCUGAAAAUAUAAGGACCCUUGUCAAGGGCUACCUACAGAUGUAUGUGGGAAGGGAGGUCCUUAAGAAAAGUAUCCCCAAAAGUUCUCGAGCAAAGUGAAACACGAUGUAGGUGCCUUUGGUUCCUAGUUUCUGCAUUUCCGUAGGUUUUUUUUUUCUGCAGGUAGUUCUGCACAGGUAGGAUGUGAAGUUUUACAAGGCGGUGGAUAUUAACAGAUUGAACGCUGACAAAGUUUGACCAUCUUGGAACCCUGUUUAGUUGGUCGUGAUGUGCGCCUGUUUAAUUUAAGUGCAUCAUCAUCGACUGAGGUUCGCCUGGCUGAUUUGUGCUGAAUGACUCGCAAGCAGAUAAAGAACAAGCUAACAAUAACUUUGUGUGUGUACUAUCUGUUUACUCGGCUUUCGGCCGGUGAUUGCAUCACUUUUUCCUCUGCAAUCAUGAAAGUGUCACUCUGGUUGUGAAAUGAUGCGCAGGGCGCAGCCGAAAAGGCGAAGUUGGGUGUGGUGGUGAAAUGGUGCGCGUCUCAUCUAAUUUGAUCUGAUUUGAUUCAUUUCAUGGGCUCUGGUGGUGCCUGGUGCGUGAUGCUUUUGGAGCAAAUGUUGCUUCCAGCAGACCAGCACAGGUUUCGUGGAGGCUGUCAGGCAACUUCUGGGGGACACUUUUUUUUAAUCGUGUUUUUACUUUUCUUCCCCUGUAUCAAUUGUUCAUUCAGACAAACUUUUACAGACACAUUUUGAGCAAAUGUCUGCUUUAAACA